GAAAUCGUUGCGCAAACAAAUUGACGUCAUUUUCCUUCUCUAUAAAUUAAAAUCAAUAUAAGUUUUGGGGGAAAACACACAACUGUGUCGCAAGUAGAAAAGUCUCUGCAGAUCCAAAUUACUUCAAGUUCGAAUCCAGUCUUCAACUUCGGUCUGCUUUCUCGCCUUCACUAAAUUACUUUCCACUCCAUCUACUUCUCGACAAGAUUUCCGAAGAAUUAAGGUUGUGUUGAGUAGAGAAAGACCUCUCUUUUCAAGCUCUCCAUUGAAUAUAAUGGCGGAAACCGGUGGAGUUAUUCCGACGAUAGACUUGGAGGAGGAGGUUUCUGAUAAGACACUGAACCAGAAAAUCCGUGAAGCGAGUGAGAGAUGGGGAUGCUUCAGGGUGAUCAACCAUGGAGUUUCAUUGUCUCUGAUGUCUGAGAUGAAGAAGACUGUUAUGGAUCUCUUUGAACGUCCCUACGAGGUGAAAGUGCGUAACACAGAUGUGCUACUAGGGAGUGGUUACAGGGCUCCAAAUGAAACCAAUCCUUAUUAUGAAGCAUUGGGUCUCUAUGACAUGGCUUCUCCUCAAGCUGUCAAUACUUUCUGUGACCAACUCGACGCUUCUGUUGAUCAAAGGGAGAUUAUGGUAAAGUAUGCCGAAGCUAUUAAUGGUCUUGCAAAGGAUUUAGCGAGGAGAUUAGCAGAGAGUUAUGGAUUGGCUGAGACCAACUUCUUCAAAGGAUGGCCUAGCCAGUUUCGGAUUAACAAAUAUCAUUUUCAACCCGAAACCGUAGGGAAACUCGGUGUGCAGCUACACACGGAUUCAGGGUUCUUGACGAUUCUUCAAGACGAUGAAAAUGUUGGUGGACUUGAAGCCAUGGACCAUUCUUCAGGAACGUUCUUUCCCAUAAACCCGUUGCCAAACACGCUUGCUAUCAACCUCGGGGACAUGGCUGCAAUAUGGAGCAAUGGAAGGUUAUGCAAUGUGAAGCAUAGAGUGCAAUGCAAUGAAGCAACAGAGAGGUUUUCUAUCGCAUCGUUCCUAUUAGGACCAAUGGAUACAGAUUUGGAACCUCCAAAGGAGUUUGUGGAUGCUGAACAUCCACGCCUAUAUAAGCCUAUUAGUCACGACGGGAUACGAAAUAUUAGAAUGACUAUGAAAUUGCAUGAUGGAGAAGCCCUCAAGCUUAUAACCUAUGAAUGACCUAAAACACCGAAUAAGGCGGUUGUGAUAUGAAACCAAAAGAAGACUUAGUCAUUUUGUUAGAUUUCCCGAAAAGAAUGAGAGACAAUUAAAGAUGUAUCUAAAUAUAUAUAUAUAUAUAU